AUGGUCGCCCAGACGCCUGAUCCUGCAUUCCCCCCUGUCCAGGAACUGUCGCUGACCGUCAGCGCAGAUAUAGAGAUCCACCGCCUCUGGAAGACCAUCACCGAGAUCCUCUCCCAGCGGUUUCACGCCACCCGCAUCACCCUCUGUCUACCUCAGGAUCCCACGGCCGUCUCGUCCUCGAUCGAAAACAACCUCCAUCAGAGCCGUCCUUGGGGUCUCAAGGCCCACUGGGACUACAAGUAUCACUUCCUGGAUGAAAACACUGUUACGCCCAAAGACGAAUUUGCACACCACCACCACCGACUCCAGAAAAGCGCGACACCGGCUUCUCAAGAUAGCAACCCAGCAGCGCAUCUACAUCAUCCUCAUCCCCAUCAGAGCCCUCGUAUCUCCCUCUCGUCGCUACCUCUCCCUUCGUCGUCAUCGUCGUCAUUCUCCUCCUCCCCCUCUUCCACAUCUUCCUCCUUCUCCAGGAGGCGAGCAGCACAAGCUCACAACAACCGGAGUAAUAAUCUCAACAACCAUAACAACAACAGCAACAAUCCUAACCCAAGCAACAAUCCUAACACCAGCAACAAUACUAGCACAAACAGCAAUAACCACCCCGUCUCCAAGGACACCUCGCCCAACAGCGACCACCACGACCUCCUCUCCCCCCAUGACGACAUUUCCUCUCCUACAGCAAGCAGCAGCAACAACAACAACAACAAAAACAACAAAAACACCAACAGUGCCACGACUAGCGCGCAUAGCUACAACAAUAUCCGAAGCAACAACUCCUCUUCUUCCAGUCGUCACCAUGUACGCCUCGAAUUCACGGCACACGAGCCCCCCUCUUCCUCCUCAUCCCUCGACUAUAUCCCCGACAGCAAGGACUAUCACGGCGACUAUUGGAGCAUUCACGCGCCGCUCGAUGCCGGAUACUCGUCAUCAGCCUCAAGCGCCUCCUCCUACUCGUCCUCGAGCAGUUCAGCCAUCAAACACUCGCGGUCAUCCCAUCUCAGAGCCUACGGCAUCCACUCCAACGGCACAGAAUGCUUUUCCAACCUCCAAUCGCUCGAAUACGACCCUGAACCCCUCCUGAACGAGCACACGAUCGACAGCAUCCUCCGCGCAGGGAAAACUGUUGUCCUCACCCGAGAGUACGUCGGCUCAAAAGCUAGCCGGAGGAGAAGUCACAAGGCCCGCCCGCCAUUCCUCACCGAUGACGACGACGACGACGAUGAGUCUUCCUAUACCGACACUGAUCCAACAACAACAGCUAGACGAAUGAAUGGAGUGGAGAUCGAGGUCGGCGGCGCUGUCAAAGCUCUUGGUCUACGAAAUAGCACCUCUGCGGCCACCUCGGGCUUUGAAAACGAUGCUGGUUCAGACAUGGAUUCGAGCUCAUCUCGUUACGACUCUGAGGGAUCGUAUUUUCCUCCUGUCGAGUCGGCCAUGUCAGGAGCAUUCAGCAACGCAGCCAACUUUGUCGCAGCCCAGUCCAAGGCAGGAUAUGCAGACUUUGUUCAGGGACUCAACCCAACCUGGUCACAGUCUCCGGCACCAUCGCCCAAUAUCAUCAAGGAAGACCCAACCAUUAACCCAUUCUUCUUCCAGCCAUUGACAUCCUAUCCUGCCAUGGACGACGACACAUUUGAUCCGCCCGACCCUUUAUCAGAGUCAACAGAGGACGACAACUGCAGUCCUUCGGAUCACAAGGUUCCUCAGGGGCGAUUUUGCACAUCUUCCAGACCUCCGAUGUCUACAGGAGAAUCGCAUGGACUGCCAUCCCUACCACCCCUACCCCCUCCGCCGCCUUCGGUCAUGGCCCAUGCCAGGUCGCUGAUCCAUGUCCCACUUUACCGCUCGACCGACCACAACAACCAGCGCUAUUUGCCCUCGGACAUCAGACAUCAUCGACCCCCAGCCAUGCCAGUCGCCAUUGUAUCGUUUCUUGCGGACCAAAUCCCCUAUCCACCAGAGGCGCUGGACAUCUUGACAGAGCUCAACCCAUUCUUGGCCAAUCAGAUCACAAAUGCACUUCGACUGGAGGAUAUGGUCGCCAGAUCAAAUCGAUGGGGCGAUCUCAGUACCUCUGGCAUAAGCGAAGGUUCCCGCACUAACGAGUCCUUUGCAGACUCAAUCAGGCGGAAGAUGAAAGACACCAACGACAUGGCACCCUCAGACCUUGCGACACCCAAAGCGGACCAUCCACCUGUCAACGGAAGAUCAGGACACACUCGGUCAAAACUGUCCCCUCUCUUUGGACAGUCGAACUCUGCGGACCCGGUCGUGCCAGCGUCAAUACCUCGGGAUGAUCCACUGUCGACGCCCACCAUCUCUUCGACCACGUCUUCAGCUGCGCCACCAAAAAGGCCUUCGCUGCGGAGGGACAUGCCUGAUGGUGACUUGUCCGUUGCGAUGGAUCGCAAGGUGGCUUCGACCAAGAGCAGCCGCACUAAACCCCAUGACGUUGACACCCGGAGCCCCUCCACAUUCACCAGCAUAGAGUCUGACACCACAGCUACGUCCACGCCAAACGACUCGCCCUUCAAUCCCUUCAUGCUCCAGUCGCCUGAUCCUGAACGGUUCAGCAAAGGCGAUUCCCUGUCUGAUGGCAAACAGCCUGAAUCUUUCUACAAUCUGGAUUCAACCACGGACGAGAUUCACCGCAGCCUCAACCUACUCAACCUAGACAUUACAGGAAGCGCCACUUGCCCUCUCGCGCCCCAGACUAAGCGUAUGCUUGGAAAGCAACAUCAGGGCACUAAAAGCACCCAGCAGCACCACAUUGACGGCGCAGUACUCAACAAUUGGGCGAAUGGUCACCGUCGAGCAGAGACUUCGCCCAAAAUGCCCGAAACGGAAGAGUCUGAUGGCCCGGAUGGGAUGUGGCAAACUCUCCGAGCAGAAGAGACUGACAAAAAGCCAGUAUCGCUCCCCAACCCACGCACGACAGAGAACGAUCUUGGUCUGGCAGGUCAGGAGUCUCCCUGUUUCGGCUCGAUCCACUCGGCAUCACCUUCCGGUACAUCAAAGCGUCAUCUUUUUUCAACUAGCAAACGCUCAGGUGUUCGAAGAAGACGCAAGAGUGUCAAAGACCAUGCGAAACUAUACCAGCCCCAAGUGCCACCAACAGAGAGCCCAGUCCCCAGUUCACCUUACACCCCCAAUAUGCCUGGAUUCGCCCCGCAUCAAUUCGGUAUAGCUUUGGAUCAUCCUGGAUCCAGCCGACCUGCAGCCUUUUCACCUGAACCCUCGCCUGUAGCUUCCCCAUCUGCGCACCACUCAAGGACAUUCGAUCGGGAAUAUCCUGGUCAGCUUGAGGCAGGAUCGUUCAAGUCGCAGUGGAAAGCACCAUCUCGGGAAGAGUUUGAAAAGGAGAGGGCACCGCUGAGCAGACAUGUGGAUGCCAUCGCCCAUCACGUCUUCACGCUCUCUCCACAAACAGGAUGUCUGACCUGGCUCAAUCAGCGGUCUAUGCAGUAUACUGGCAUCCCACUCCCGCACCUGCUCCACAAGCCAUGGACAGGCAUUCUUCACAAGGACGACGAGAUAAAGUUCCAACCGCUUUUCAAGGACAGCUUUGAGAAGGGUGAGAUGUUCAAUGCUCAGUACCGAGUGCGUCGAUUUGACGGUCAAUACCGUUGGUUCUUGGGCAGGGUGGUACCUGUUCGAGAUUGCAGUGGCCACAUUGUACAGUGGUUUGGAACCAGCACAGACAUUCACGACCAAAAAAUUGCGGAGCUUCAGUUGAACCGUCAAGUGGAACUGGAACUGAACGAGAAAAAAUAUCGCUUGCUGGCCGAGGCGAUUCCACAGAUUGUGUUUACGGCAGCUCCUCAGGUUGGCUUGACCUAUACCAACGCCAAAUGGUUCACCUUCUCAGGACAGGUCUUUGAGCAGGCUUCUGGACUGGGGUUCAUGGACCAUGUUCACCCGGAUGACCGCGCCAAAUGUUUCUUGCCGACCAACAUCUCUGAUGACGACAUCGGUCCUCCCUCGCUCAGCGAUGAAGACCCUGAAUACAAGCAAUCAACUUCCCCCGGAACAGCGUUUGGCCAGAGUCCUGGAGAAGUCUCGUACCAGACGGAGAUGCGCCUCUUGCGGAAGGACGGCAAGUACAGAUGGUUCCUCGUCAAGUGUAUCAGCGUCGAGGUUGUAGAGCAAGGUCGCAAGUGGUUUGGAACUUGCACCGAUAUCAACGAUCAAAAACUACUGGAGCACAAACUCAAGGAGGCCCACGACGCUGCCCAAAAGUCGACCGAGAGCAAGACCCGCUUCCUCUCCAAUAUGUCUCAUGAAAUCCGGACGCCUUUGGUCGGUAUUACGGGCAUGAUCAACUUUUUGAUCACGACAGAUCUGACGAGUGAACAGUUGGACUAUGUUCACACAGUGCAGCAAUCUGCAGACGCCUUGCUCUUGGUGAUCAACGACAUUCUAGAUCUCUCUAAGGUCGAAGCCGGGAUGAUGAAGCUAGAGAUGGAGCCAUUUAGUGUUCACGCCAUGACCGAAGGCGCGAACGAGCUCCUCAGUACUCUGGCUAUUCAAAAAGGCCUGGAGCUGGGAUUCUUGGUCGAGGACGAAGUCCCAGAGGUAGUUGUUGGAGACCGUGUGCGACUGCGCCAGGUCUUGAUCAACAUUAUCGGCAAUGCGAUCAAGUUCACGUCGCAUGGAGAAGUGUUCUCUCGCUGCUCAUUGGUGCCAGCCAAACCCAAUGCAGACCCAGAUGUGCUGACGAUCAAAUUUGAGAUUUCGGAUACCGGCAAGGGAUUUGAUGAGUCAGAGCGAGCGGUGAUGUUUAAGCCUUUCUCUCAAGUUGACACAUCUUCGACUCGGAAGCACGGAGGCACCGGUCUGGGACUAGUCCUAAGCAAGGAGUUUGUCGAGCUUCAUGGAGGAAAGAUUACAUGCGAGAGUGUCAAGGGUGAAGGAAGCAAGUUUUCGUUCACGUUUGUUGCUCGGGUUCCACCGCCUAAUGUCACUGCCAGGGCAACGACUCCCAUAGCCUCUGAGGACAUUAGAAUCAACGGCCUGAUGCAGAACUUCAACAAGCCAGCCUAUAGAGCCGCCAGAUUGCCUACGGGAACGGGAUCGGGAUCGGGAGCAGGAUCGGGAGUGGAAUCGUUUGCUGGCAAACCUCCGCUGAUGAAGGACUCAAAAAAGCGUGUGUCGGAUCCAGCCUUAUUGAAGCAUGUCACUGGACUCAAGUUGAUCCCAGGCGAGAUGUGCUUUGCGGAGCCAGACUUGGAGAGCACCAAGAAGGCGGCCACCAAGGCGUUGGAAUCGGCGACAAAGAAGAUCAAGCGAGGAGACUUUUUGACUGCAGACUUGACACUGGCUAUUGACGAGGAGGACCAGCCUGAGCAACGCUCCGCAGCGACCACAGCCUCAGCAACCACUACGACUGUCACCGCAACGACCGAGUCUCCUCCUGGAGAUGUUGCCACAGCAAUGACUCGUACAGAGUCCAUCCUUGACGACCGCCGCUACCUCAAAGUGGGUCAGCUUACUCCGUCCAAUCCUCCUGUGGGCGAACCACCAGCAGUAGCAGUGAUUGCUGCCAGUUUGCCCAACCCGGCGCUCGAUAUGAAGCUGGCGAUCCCGGCCAAAGUCUUGGAGAACAAGGCUCUUGUUGCUGAGAACAGGAAGGCGAAUGCGGCUCUGGCGAGUACGACUCGACCAGACGUUCUUCCCAUCUCUAAGAGCUCAUCAUCGUCGUCAUCAUCUUCCUACUCGGCAGGAUCCUCUAUCGAUUCAAAGCAGUCGUCGACGUCGACCGCCAACUCCUCCGUUGGGUCGCUGACGAACACUGCCGGCGUCACCAGCUCUACAGCCGCGAGCCAAGCUCCCGAACAGGCUCGAAUCCUUGUUGUAGCAGACCUUUUGCAUGCACGAGAGACGAUCUUGCACCUGAUCAAGCAACUGGUUCCUAAGAAACUCGACCCGCUGAUCGACGUUGCAACGGACUUGAAAGAAGGCGUGGAGUUUUUGGUCGGAGGACGCAAAGUAGCAACCAAGGCCGGCAAGUACAACUAUCUGGUCAUCAACCUGGCAUCUUACAUGUCUGUGAUGGACAUUUUUUCGGCUAUGCAGCAGGAAGGAGUCUUGGUGGAGCCGACUGUGGUAACUUGUGUAAUCACGACGCCGAUUCAACGAGCUGCGGUGAUGGAGGCUGUGAAGGUAGAAGAGGCCUCGAUGGAGAUUGCCAAAUCAUCCUUGGAGGCCUCGAUGCCCAAGGUGAUCCCUUCCAACAUUGAGUGGGUGUUCAAGCCUCUAACCAAGGCUAAGCUGCAUGUGGCAUUUGCCGAUAUUGUGACUCACCAGGAGACGCUUGCGAGCCCCAACGGAACCAUUGGUGGGGGUCUUGGAGGCGCUGUUGGCAAUGGCAAGAUGAGCGUGAAGCGGCGGACGGCGCAGCAGGUUGUGGUGAGCCAGAAGGAGAUUUUUAGCCAGAUGCAUGAUGCGAUGGAGGGCAAGAAUAUUCGGAUCCUGCUAGCAGAAGACGACCUUACCAACCAAAAAGUCAUUCGAAGAUAUUUCCAGAUGGUCGGGGCUGAGCUUGUCAUUGCCAACGAUGGUAACGAGUGUCUCGACAAGUUCAUGAGCCAGCCCAAAGACCACUUUUCUCUCAUUCUCUGCGAUUUGUUUAUGCCAGGAAAGGAUGGGUACGAGGCGACGAGGGCGAUCCGGCAAUGGGAGGACGAACAUCUGGAGGAUGGUGAAAGGCGGAUCCCCAUUGUGGCGCUGAGCGCCAACGUGAUGGCGAAUGUGGCGGAGCAGUGUCUAAGCAGCGGAUUCACGUCGUACCUCAGUAAACCUGUUGAUUUCAAGAGGCUGAGCGAGACCCUCCGCAGGCUAGUUCUCUAA